ACUGAGGAUUCCAUUGUGCGGGGAUGAGUAGGGUGUCCGGUGGCGGCGGCCGCCAUUUUGUUCGCCUCCCCGUCCCCGACUGCGGAAGCGGGAGCUGCUGCCCGUAAGAGACCAUGGAGAAGAAAUUCAAGAUGUGAAUAUCGCUGCCUGUUGACACGCACGUAUCCGCCCAAGGGCCUGUCUGGAAGAAGCUCCUAAUCCCCUUUUCCCUUGAGAUCCUUUCUUGAGAUAAUUCACAAUCCGGAUUCCUAGAGAGGUGUUGAGGAAGAAGAGAUGUAAUCUGUCAAAUUCCUAGACAAGCCUAGGCUCACAGAUACUGGUGCCAUGGAAAGAACCACCAUCUUUAAGUUGUGACGCACUUCCUGUGGGAACCAGUGUACCAUUCCUAAGGCUAAUCAAGUGGAAGAAAGACUUGGCUUUGAAGCCUUAGGUUGGGUCCAGCUUCUUCACUUGUACCCUUUCACAAUUGGAUUUAACAAAGAGAAGUGACACAGGAUCGGCACACAGGGAGGGAGUCUGCAUGAAGACAUGGCGGGUUCUUGUUGCGUCACCAGCUGCAAUAACCGCCGUUCCCGGGGCAGUAAUGUCACAUUUCACAGGUUCCCUCUGAUUAAGGAAGAGUUGCUACAGGAGUGGCUUUCAAAUAUUGGACGAGAGGACUUUUCUCCUUCCUACAACGAUGUCAUAUGUUCAGACCACUUCAGAGAGUCAGAUUUUUGGGGAGGCGUGGUUUCCGGGCGAAAGAACCUAAAGCCGGGAGCGGUUCCCACUGUAUUCCGUGUCCCCGGCCAACAGAAGAAGCUUGCUAAAAAGAGAAUCCCUAGGAAGAGACGGCUCCUUGUCCGUCACAAGUCUCCCGAUCCUGAACCAAGCAUUGCAUUGGAGAUCACUGAUAGUGAUGUAGAAGCAUCAUCUUCCAAGAGCGGCAUUAUAAUCCUGGAACAUUCCUACUCUGCUCCAGCAAGCCCAGCCACUUCAGCCCUGGAACUCUGGAAGGUGUCUUCACAAGAAAAAGCCCCAACAGACCCGGAAGCAGUGAAAGGCCCCCAUCUCCUCCAGGUUAGGCCUCGGAGAGAAUGCAGGGAAAGAACGAAGCAGGCCGUCCCGGAAGAGCCCCUCGUCAACUUGGAUGUACAGUGCCAACGUUUUCGAAAAUUCUGCUACCAGGAGGCCAAGGGGCCCCGAGAGGUUUGCAGCCGGCUUUGGGACCUUUGCCACCAGUGGCUCAAACCCAGCCGAUAUACCAAGUUGCAGAUGCUAGAGCUGGUAAUCCUGGAGCAGUUCCUGGCUAUCUUGCCCCCGGAGAUGCAGGACUACGUCAGGGAGGAGGGACCAAACAACUGUGACCAUGCGGUGACCCUGGCAGAGGAUUUCCUUCAGUGUCAGCAAGAGGAAGAGCUGCAGAGGCCAUUGGCAGAGGUGGUGGCUAACAUCUUGGAAGUAGCGGAGGUUCCAUCAGACACCCAGCCUAUUCUACGGUGCAGGGAGAUCACCACCACCAAGGCGGGCAGCAAUGCCGUCUUGCAGGUCGACGAUGUGUGGGAGGACAACGCGGCAGAGCCAUGUGGAGUCUUGCCGGAAGGAAGCAAAGGGGACGAAGCAGGAGAGAACUCUGGGAAUCUGGAUGGAACAAAGAUGCAGGCGGGAAAUGAAGCAGCGGAGAGGCAGAUGGAACUGCCAGCAGAGAACAACCAAGUCCAGGAGAACGAAGAUGAGAACUGUCAGCUGGAAGAGGUGGGUGCUGGAAUAUCACUGGGACAGUCUGAAAUGGAAGAAAACCCUGAAAGUUCUCAGGAAGUGGGAAGACCCCAGGAAAACGAUCCAAAGGCAAAUGAAGAGCAAACCACUGACUGUGUGAACACUAACUCCUGUACAGAUCUGAAAACGCCUGCUAGUGAAAAGCCAUACAAAUGCAGCUAUUGUGGGGAAUGUUUCCAUGAGGAGGCCUUCCUCAUAAAUCACAGGAGAAUGCAUCCGGGGAAGAAUCUGCACAAAUGCUCCGAGUGUGGGAAAAGCUUCUCCCGCAAACAGUCCCUUUUUCUACAUGAGAGAACUCAUACUGGAGCGAAGCCAUACAGCUGCUCCGAAUGUGGGAAAAGCUUCAAUAAGAAACUGCAUCUCCUUAUCCACCAGAGAUCUCAUAAUGGAGAGAAGCCGUAUGGGUGCAACAAAUGUGGGAAAAGCUUCAGUCAUAAAUCGCACCUCAUUGAACACUGGAGAUCACACACUGGAGGAAAGCGAUAUGGGUGCACCACCUGUGGGAAAAGGUUCAACAAGAAAUCCUGCCUGAUUGUCCACGAGAGAUCCCACACAGGAGAGAGACCCUAUCGCUGCCCAGACUGUGGGAAAUCCUUUGAUCAGGAAGCAUCCCUCAUCUCGCAUCAGACGACCCACACCGGAGAUAAACCAUAUGUGUGCCCUGAGUGUGGGAAAAGCUAUCGGUUGAAAAACUCCCUCGCUGUCCACCAGAAAACUCACGCAGGAGAGACAUACGUGUGUCCCGUGUGUGGGAAAAGUUUCAAUCAGAAAAUGUGUCUUACAAUACACAAGCGAAUCCACACAGCAGCAAAAAUGUACAAAUGUUCGGAUUGUGACCAGAGCUUCACUCUUGAGAAAUACCUUAAGGCCCACAGGGUAAGAGCUCAUUCGCGAGAGAGGCCACACGCAUGUCCGCACUGCAGCAAAACCUUCAUUUUUAAAUAUUCUCUUCUGGAGCAUCAGAGAAUGCACACAGAAGAGAGACCCUAUGAAUGCUCCGAGUGUGGCAAGCGCUACAAUGGGAAGGCGGCCCUCGUCGUACACAAAAAUACCCACACGGGAGAGAAACCCUAUCUCUGCCCUGACUGUGGCAAAUGCUUUGCUACCAAAUGCUCCUUGACCACACAUGAGAAACGUCAUGCAGGACAGAAGCCCCAUAAAUGCUCGCACUGUGGCAAGGAGUUCCAUUGGAAACAUCGCCUUCUCUUGCAUGAGAGAAUCCACACCGGAGAGAGGCCCUACGAAUGCUCCGAGUGCGGGAAAAACUUCCGGUACAGGCACAACUUUAUUGCCCACAGAAGGGCCACACAUGAGAGAAUCCAUACAGGAGAGAAUGUCUACGUAUGCACUGAGUGUGGCAAAAGCUUCCGUUGGAGACGGAGCUUUAUUUUGCACCUGAGAGCCCACACAGGGGAGAAGCCCUAUAAAUGCACCGAGUGUGGGAAAAGCUUCAUGCGGAGGCCCUCCCUGAUCAUCCACAAGAGAACCCACACGGGAGAGAAGCCUUAUCAAUGCUCCGAGUGUGGAAAGAGCUUCAUUCAGAAGCCAGCCCUCGAAAAGCACAAGAGAGUCCACACAGGAGAGAAAAGAUAUCUAUGCACUGAGUGUGGGCGAAGUUUCUCGAAUCAAAGCAACCUGAUUCGGCACACGCGGAUUCACACAGGAGAGAAACCGUAUGCCUGCUCGACUUGUGGGAAAAGAUUUAUUCAGAAAGUAACCCUUGUUGAACAUGAGGCGAGUCAUAGCAGAGAGAAGCCAUUUGUAUGUCCUGAGUGCGGAAAAAGAUUGAAACGGAAAAGACAUCUCCGCGCGCAUAUGAGAAUGCACAGGGGAGAGAAACCUCCGGAAGGCCCCAAGAAAAGCAUGGAGGGCAAAGAGAAAUCCCACGUAUGCUUGGAUUGUGGCAAAAGCUUUCAUUCAAAUUGUCACCUUAUUGUUCACCGGAGAACCCACACGGGAGAGAAGCCCUUUAAGUGCCCACAGUGUGGGAAAAGCUUCAGUCAGCAAGCAUCCCUCAAUACGCACCAGAGAGUCCACACUGGAGAGAAAGCAUUUUUGUGUACUGAGUGUGGGAAAAGCUUCCAUAAUAAAAGCAACCUGGCCAGGCACAAGAGAAUCCACACGGGUGAGAAACCGUUUGAGUGCUCCGAGUGUGGGAAAAGCUUUAAUCAGAAAGUUUCCCUGAUAGCUCACAAGGCCACCCACAGCAGAGAGAACCCAUACAUGUGCACGGAUUGCGGGAAAAGCUUCAAACUGAAAGUGUCCCUCCGUCUACACCAGAAAACCCAUACGGGAGAGAAACCAUACGAAUGCUCCCAGUGCCAGAAAACGUUCAACAGGCGUGCCCAGCUUACAAGGCAUGAAGCAACGCACACAGUUACAGCUUUUGUUGCCGAGGUUGCUGAAGUCACUGAAAUCACAGAGCCCUGUGUGGAAGAAAUAAGCACCACUGUGAUGAAUGUGGAUGGCAACUUAUUUAUUUUGGAGCUGUCGAGUAGACCUGAAUCAGUCGUAUUGGAGAAUACAUGGAGAAGUGACAUAGACUCAGCACAUGGGGUCAGUCACGGAAGGAAUCCACAGGCAAAUAUGGCGGGGGCUUGCUCUGUCAUCAACUGCAACAACCGCCGUUUGCGUGGCAGUAACAUCACAUUCCACAGGUUUCCUUUGAUGAAGGAAGAGCUGUUAAAGAAGUGGCUUUUGAACAUUGGUCGAGAGGACUUUUCUCCCUCUUAUAAUGAUGUCGUAUGUUCGGAGCACUUCAGGGAGACAGAUUUUUGGGGAAAUGUGGUUUCUGGGCGAAAGGAUCUCAAGCCUGGAGCAAUUCCAACUAUAUUUCACGUACGACAUUGGCAGAAAAAGAUUGCUCGAAAGAAGCAGCCCCUUGCCCAUCAGAAGUCACCUGAUUCUGAAUCAAACAGUCCAGUGGAGGCUGAUGAGAGCGACACAGAAGCGUCCUCCUCCAAGAGUGACAUUGUAGUACUGGAUCACCCCUACUCAGCUCCAGAGAGCCCAGGACAGAUGUCAUAUGGAUGCUGCACAUGUGGGAAAAGCUUUGAUAAGAAAUCGCACCUUAUUGUACAUGAGAAAUCUCACUCAGAAGAGAAACCCUAUCAGUGCACAGACUGUGGGAAGACCUUUGGUCAGGAAGCAUCCCUCAUUAUGCAUCAAAGGACCCAUACAGGGGAGAAACCACACGAAUGCCCUGACUGUGGGAAAACCUACCAAUGGAAAACAUCCCUUACAGCACACCAGAAGACCCACGUGGGAGCAGCAUAUGUAUGCCCUGUGUGUGAGAAAAGCUUCAGUCAGAAAUCACGACUUACUAAGCACUUGAGAAUUCACCAAGCAGAGAAACCAUACAAAUGCGCCGACUGUCCCCAGAGCUUCGCUCUUGAAAAAUACCUUGCAGCUCACAGGAUGAGUGCUCACAUGAAAGAGACAUCUCAGAGGGUUCCUCUUAUCAAAGAAGACCUGUUACAGAAGUGGCUUUCGAACAUUGGACAAGAGGACUUCCCUCCAUCGUAUGAUGCCACAAGUUCAGAACACUUCAGAGAGUCACAUUUAGGGGAAGAUGUGGUUUCUGGACAAAAGGAUCUUAAUCCUGGAGCAGUUCCAACUAUAUUCAAUGUUCCAAGAGAAGAGAAAAGGAGUGCUAAAAAGAGCAUCCUUGUGCAUCACAAGUCACCUGAUCCAAACAGUCCAUUGGAGGUUGAUGAGAGUGACGCAGAAGUGUCCUCCUCCAAGAGUGAUGUUGUCAUAUUGGAGCAUUGCUACUCUGCCCCAGAGAGCCCAUCCUCUACAGCCCUGGAUCUUCGGAUAGGGCCGACACAGGAGCAAGACCCAGCAGACACUGAAGCAGGAGAAGACCCCUGUCCCCUCCAGGCUAGGCCUCUGAGGGAAUGCAGGGAAAGAAAGAGGCAGACCAUCCCGGAGAAGCCUGUCGUCAAUUUGGACACACAGCGCCAGGAUUUCCGGAACUUUCCCUACCAGGAGGCUGAGGGGCCCAGGGAACUCUGCAGCCGGCUCUGGGACCUUUGCCACCAGUGGCUGAUGCCAGGGAAGCACACCAAGUUGCAGAUGUUAGACCUGGUGAUCCUAGAGCAGUUUCUGACCAUCCUGCCCCCAGAUAUGCAGGAAUACGUCAGGGAGGAAGGGCCGAGCAACUGUGACCAUGCAGUGGCCCUGGCAGAAGACUUCCUACAGAGGUGGCAAAGGGAAGAGGUCCAGAAGCCGUUAGCAAAGGUGGCAGCAAACAUCUCCAAGGCAGAGAAGUCUCCAUCAGACACCCGGCCACGACUCAGGAGGAUCCCCAAGAAGGUAGACCUAAAUGCUGCCUCGCAGGCUGGUGAUGUGCAGGAGAAGAAUAACAAAGAGAAGCCAUGUGAGGUGUUGAUGGAAGGAAGCAGGCUGGAAGAGGCAGAAGAUAACUCUGGGAAUAUGGACAGAACAAAAAUGCAAGAGAAAAAUGAAGGUGUUGAGAAGGAGAGGAAAAAACCAGCAGCAGGCAGUGACCCAAUCCUGAAGAAUGGAGAUAAGAGCUGCUGGCUAGAAAGACCUGAGGAAGUGGACAUCAGCAGAUUGUCACUAAACAAGGUCAAAGGGCAUUGUUUCCAGGAUCCUGAUAUGGAAGACAGACUUGAAAGUCCACAGGAAACAGGAAGUCAUCAAGAAAACUCUCUGAAGGAAACUACUGACUGUGAGAAUAGUCUUCUCCAAAGCAUUGACCUUCAUACAGAUCAGCAAAUGUGCACUGGAGAAAAACUAUUUGCAUGCACCACUUGUGGGGAACACUUCAGUGAAAAGGCAUGCCUCAUUACACAUGAGAGAGUUCAUGUGACAGACAGACCAUUCAAAUGCUCCAAGUGUGAGGAAAGCUUUCCCUGCACACAGUCUCUUCUUCUACACACAAAAACCCAUACAGGAGAGAUGCCAUACAGAUGUUCCACUUGCAGGGAAAGCUUUGAUAAAAAAACGCACCUUAUUGUACAUGAGAAAUCUCACAGUGGGGAGAAACCUUAUCAGUGCGCAGACUGUGGGAAGACCUUUGGUCAGGAAGCGUCCCUCUUUAUUCAUCAAAGGACCCAUACUGGGGAGAAACCACACAAAUGCCUUGACUGUGGGAAAAGCUAUCAGUGGAAAACGUCCCUCACUGCACACCAGAAGACCCACACAGCAGCUAUGUACUUGUGCCCCGUGUGUGAGAAAAGCUUCAGUCAGAAAUCACGCCUUACUAAGCACAUCAGAAUUCAUACAGCAGAGAAACCAUACAAAUGCUCAGAUUGUGACCAGAGCUUCACCCUUGAAAAAUACCUUAAGGCCCACAGGAUAAGAGCUCAUUCGAGAGAGAGGCCACAUUCAUGUCCAUAUUGCAGCAAAACUUUCAUUUUUAAAUAUUCGCUGCUGGAGCAUCAGAGAAUGCACACAGGAGAGAGACCUUAUGAAUGCUCCGAGUGCGGCAAGCGCUUUAAUGGGAAGGCCGCCCUUGUCGUACACAAAAAUACCCACACAGGAGAGAAACCCUAUCUGUGCCCUGAGUGUGGCAAGCGCUUCACUACCAAACAUUCUCUGACUCUACAUGAGAGAAUCCAUACUGGAGAGAAACCCCACAAAUGCUCCCAUUGUGGCAAAGCCUUCUAUUGGAAACGUUACCUGAUUUCGCACGAGAGGACCCACACAGGGGAAAGACCCUAUGAAUGCCUCGAGUGUGGGAAGCGUUUCCGCCACAAACAGAACUUCAUUGCGCACAAAAGAGUCACACAUGAAAAAAUCCAUACAGGAGAGAAACCCUAUAAAUGCUCAUAUUGUGGCAAAAGUUUCCAUUGGAGACGCAACUUUAUUUUACAUCAGAGAACCCAUACAGGAGAGAAACCCUACCAGUGCCAGGUGUGUGGGAAAAGUUUCAUGCAGAGAGCAUCGCUUAUUGUUCACAACAGAACUCAUACAGGAGAGAGGCCAUUUCAGUGCUCUGAGUGUGGGAAAAGCUUCAAUCAAAAGCCAGCUCUUAAUAAACACCAAAGAAUCCACACAGGGGAGAAUACUGUGUAUUUAUGUACUGAGUGUGGAAGAAGUUUCUCAAAUAAAAGUAACCUGAUUCGGCAUACGAGAAUCCACACAGGGGAGAAACCAUAUGCCUGCCCCACAUGUGGGAAGAGUUUUAAUCAGAAAGUAACCCUUAUUGAACACAAGGCAACCCAUAGCAAAGAGAAGCCGUACAUGUGCCCUGACUGUGGGAAAAACUUCAAGCGGAAAAGAUGCUUCCUUAUGCAUGUGAAAAGACACAAAAAUGAGACAUUGGAUGAAUGUCCUGAGAAGAGCAUUAACAGUGAAGAGUCCUCUACUGCACCCAAAAACACCCCUACAGGAGAAAAACACCAAACAAGAGAGAAAUCCCAUAUAUGUUCAGAUUGUGGCAAAGGCUUUCAUUCAAAUUGUCACCUUAUUGUUCACCGGAGAACUCACACAGGAGAGAAGCCCUAUCAGUGCCCAGAGUGUGGGAAAAGCUUCAGUCAACAGGCAUCCGUCAAUAUGCACCAGAGAGUCCACACCGGAGAGAAAGCAUUCUCAUGUACUGAAUGUGGGAAAAGCUUCCAUAAUAAAAGUAACCUAGCCAGGCAUAAGAGAAUCCAUACGGGAGAGAAACCAUUUGUGUGCCCUGAGUGUGGGAAAAGCUUUAAUCAGAAAGUCUCCCUGGUGGCACACAAGGCCACCCACAGCAGAGAGGAUCCUUAUGUGUGCACAGAUUGUGGAGAAAGCUUCAGACUGAAGGCGCCCCUCCUUCUGCAUAGGAGAAUUCAUGCAGGAGAGACAUUGCACAAAUGUCCCCUUUGCCAGAAAACUUACCGUAGCCGCUCCCAACUUACAAGACAUGAAAGACUACACAUAGUUACCAAUCCACACAUGAACCUGUCCCUUGAUCCCAUGACUGCUAAGUUCUCUCAAGAGUCUUUGAUGAGGAACAUUGUUGAAAGCUUUUUGAAAGCCCAAGUAUUCGAUGUCAACUGGAUCCACAUGCCUGUUGACACUCCCAAAGAACUCCAAAAGGUUGGUGAGUUUCAGGAUUUAUUGCUGAACCUGUUGAAACUUCUGUGGAAGAAAUAAGCACCACCGUGAUAAAUGUGGAUUGCAGUUUAAUUUUUUUGGAGGCUACUGAAUAGAUCAAGACCAUCUUGCACCAGAGAACAAAAAUGUGGGUGCCAUCAUUGGAAUUGUCCCAUUUGUCCAAAAAUGAAAGUUCAUCAGAAUGUUCAUCUGUAUUUAUGUAUUUGCUGUAUCCAGCUCCUACGGCAAACCAUCCAUUCGAACAGUUUACAAUUAAGUACAAAAUUCCAAGGAAAAAUUAAAAUGCAAUAACAUCUGUAAACAUCAUAAUAUAUAACAACAUGAAGUCAGUAAAUGGAGGCAAGAUGACAAAAUAACAAUUCUUUAUCAUAAACAAUCCCAGCCUAAACAUUCCUUGUUGUAAGGUUAAAACGUUGGGGUUUCCAUGUACGUUGCUUUUUGCUCUUUAAGUGUAAAAAUAAGAAGUCUUGUAAACAGAAAUGAGCUAGCCCAGGGUUUCUCAAGCAUGGGUCCUCAGAUGUGAUCAGACAAGAAGGCUGUUCUCACGAGCAACCUAACCCAGGCUAGGACAGCCUAGCCUGGGUUAGGCUGCUUGUGUGGCACGCUGGGAUUGCUCCUGAUUCCGGUGCUUCUGCCCUGCCUAACCCAAAUUUUAACCCUGGCAUUCGGGUCAUGCGUAUGAUUGGGCUGCACACAGCCCUAACAUACACAGUUGGGUGCCUAAAGUGCCCAACUCACGGGGGAUUGUCCCAAUGCACGGUGCUUGUCGUGCAGUACAUUGUGGGAUAUCCGGAGGCCAGGAAGCAUUGUCCCAGCCUCCAGAGAUCUGCACCACUUGGAGCAGUGCAGAUUGUGUGGGCACAUGAUCCACAGAUCCCAUCAAUGGACAUCAAUCAUCUGGGGAUGAGGUAGGUCCAUUCCUGCCUUCUCCCCCACCCCUCUGCGCUCGCUGCCCUGGGGGCCAUCGUGUGCAUAGUCCUUACCACUCCCAAGGCCAUUGUGACUGGAGAUGAUGGGAGUUGUAGUCUGACAAGACUGCAACUCCCAUUAUCUCUGCCACAGUGGUCAUGGGAGUUUUCUGAUAACAUCUGGGGACCCAAGCUUGAGAAACCCCAAGUUAGUCUUUACAGUGCCACAAUAAUUUUUGUUGUUUAAACCAGCUAUCCCUCUGGGACAUAUAAAUGUAUUAUACAUACAUACAUACAUACAUACAUACAUACAUACAUACAUACAUACAUACAUGCCUUCUGAAAGGCAGCAGGACACCAAAUAAACCUGCUUGUGCAGAAAGUUCAAGAAUUGGGAUGCCGUCAUCGAUAAGGCUCUGCAUCUUGUUGACAACCUGCUGUAAUCUGCAUCGCAAGGACACUCGUAAAAGAGCCCCUUUUUAGUUUAACUUUAUGAAUUUGGUAUGGUUUUCAUAAAGCUACAGUCCCCUCCUCCAGUUGUUCCCGAUUUGAAUGUAGGAACUUGUAUGGUAGUAAUUUCCCAACUCUCACUUGUUGAGUAUUUAAACAUUUGCUUUGUGGUAAUGAUUUUUAGACCCAGCAUUUGACUGUUCCACAUGCUUCUAAUUGCUUUUAUUUCAGUAAGAUAUUAUUUUGGGUACCUAACUAAUAAAGUUAUGUUAUCUGUA